AUGGCGAUUAUCAUUGCAUGUACCCUCACUAUUGUCUUGGUCACCCUCUGGAUUAUGAAGCAACGAUCGCAAACCGCAAGGCAGCUGCCAUUACCGCCAGGACCGUCUCGACGUUGGCUUUUAGGAAAUACGAUGCCAAAUGCGCCGUUACAAUUCGCGAGAUGGACAGAACAAUACGGACCCGUCUUCUCCCUCAAACAAGGCCGUAGGAUUUUCGUGAUCAUAGGACGUCAUCAGGCUGCGGUGGAUAUCAUGGAAAAAGAGGGAGCAAAUCUUGCGGAUCGCCCGCGUUCUAUUGCAGUGCAAGAGACACUAUCUGGCGGGUUGAGAGUGGUCCUUGAAGGCAGCGGUGAUAAACUGCGUCGGCUGCGCAGGGUCUUGCAUGCAAGCUUGCAACCCAAGGUCGCGGAGACCUAUGAGCCCAUACAGACCAUGCAUGUGAAGAAUAUGGUUCUAGAUAUCUUAAAUGAUCCAAAGAACCAUCAAGGUCACGCCAUGCGUUAUUCGGCUUCCGUGGUCAUGUCCAUCACGUAUGGAAAAACUACUCCGACUUCGUAUACAGAUCCUGAAGUCGUUGCCGUCAUUAGGUCUCUUGCGCGUUUUGGUCAAGCUAUGAAGCCGGGAGCAUACCUUGUGGAUACUUAUCCAAUCCUGCGUUUCGUCCCAGGCUACCUGAGCGAGCUGAAGGCAUGGCACCAAGAAGAACUUACUCUCUUUAAUGGGCAGUUGGACGCGGUGCGAAGACAAAUGCGCGAGGGGACUGCAAGACCAUCGUUUGCUAGGUUCAUUUUAGAGCACCAGAAGCAGUACCAACUGGAAGACAAAGAACUAGGAUAUAUAGCAGGAGGAAUGUUUGGGGCAGGUUCUGAUACGACGGCUUCCGCAAUCACAUUUAUGAUGAUGGCUGCUGCCGUUCAUACUGAUGCACAGGCUCGUGUACAAGAGGAACUUGAUAACGUCGUGGGGCUUACGCGACUGCCGACAUUUGACGAUCAGGAAAUGCUGCCGCAGGUUACCGCGUUCAUGCUCGAGAGUAUGAGGUGGAGACCUGUCGCCCUUGGAGGCCUUGCACAUCGCGCGACCAAGGACAUAAUUUGGGAGAACUAUCUCAUUCCUGCAGGUGCGACUGUUAUUGGCAACCAUUGGGCUAUCGCAAACGAUCCCAAGGUCUUCCCAGAACCGCACAAGUUCAAUCCUCAGCGUUGGAUCGACGAUGCAGGUCGUGUGCGUGAUGAUCUCAAGUUUUUCGCUUUUGGCUUUGGCCGCCGAGUGUGUCCCGGUCAACAUGUCGCGACUCGAUCUGUCUUCAUCAACACGGCUCUUAUUCUCUGGGCUUUCCGCCUUUCUGAGAAUCCUACAGCAAAGAUCAACACGCUUGCUUUCUCGGAUACUACAAACAUACAUGCUGCUCCGUUUGAGAUAUGUUUCAAGAAGAGGGUCGAUGAGAACCUGAUUAGGGAACUGUGUGCACCGGGGGAGUAA